AUGCGCGUCUGCUACUUCAUCCUCCUGCCUGCUGUCGCUCGCGCCGUCACGACCACUAGUGUCUCGGUAAUGUCCAACCCGAUCACACCUCUGGCUCACUUGACUGAAAUUGCCGAGCUUCGCGAUGGCGUCCUGGUCAACGGCACGAUGAAAGCCGGUGAAGUCGGCAAUCGUGAAGAGAGGGUGUUGAAUAUCAGGCAAUUUCUCGACAUCGAGACGCUGGUCGGGUCCUUUGCACAGCAGAAAAUGGCCGAAGAUAAAUUCGCAGCUGUCGAACGCUUGUUGAUAGAGCUGACCGAAGUAAAAGUUGAGGGCUUACUUGACUGGUAUCGAGUAGCAAAUAAAGGAGCGACACCUGAAGAGGCAUUGGGUAGUGCUCUAGCGGAUACGUAUGGGGAUGACGUGAUGGCCCAGGCGCUCGUACGUGCAAGCAUCAAGAAGAAGGCCAAAAUAGGAGCCCCUUUGGAAGCAGUGAAAGACGCAAUGAUUGCAUGCUGGAAUGCAGAAGGGCGCACGACGAAUGAGGUUCUUCAGUGGCUAGAGCGAGACAAGCCAUCAAGCGACAAAGACCUCUUCGACUACGGGAUCGCUAAACUCCUGACAGGGGCUGACACAGUGCACAAACACGUGGCAGAAGUUCUUUUGGAUCAUUUCGAGGGAGAAUACGUUCGAUUCUUCGUCGCUCUUGUGCGAGCGGAAAAGAAAGAAACCGCAGACGAGAGCGUUAUGAAAGCCUGUUGGGACUGA